GAGAGUUCGCAAGGUUUUUGCAGAAGCAACACAAGGGCUGGAGAUUUGAUGUUUUUCUCCUGUCUGCAGUAACUAUGGCUACUUUGUGCAAGAGGCUCCUGGUACCACAUGCACAGCUCUGGAUUAUAGUCCUGAUUGCAGGUGUGAUCUCAGCCACAAAAGACAGAAGAGAGCAGAACGUAGUUACAUCCUGCUCAAGAUUUCAGCAAUACCCUCGCUAUGUGGCUGCCAAAAAGAACACCAACGUUCACUUCAUCUGCCAUCACCAAAAUGGUAGCAGCAUCCGGUGGUACAAAAUGAGUGAACAAGAUGAUAUCCCCCAGGUGAUCAGAAGUACUUUGCCAAAGAUUGAAGUGGUUUCGAAAGAUACAGUUUUGGAGAUGACCAUCAAUAAAAUCCAAUAUGAAGACAAUGGCAUUUACCUGUGUGAAAAUGCAAGCCUUAUGGGGUCUGUGCAACUGAAACACAAAUGUGGGAGUGAACUCAAAGUAAUAGGAUUCAGCACCAUUGAGCAAGUCCAGAACCGAAACACGCUGAAAGAUGCCAUCAUCAUGAUCCAGUCCAUUCUCCUGGUCAUCUUUGUGAGCGUCCCCAUGCUCCUGUGUUUGGACAAAGGUGAUGGCAAGGACAUUUCUGAUGAAGACCACACCUAUGAGGGCUUGGAAAUUGAACAAACAGCCACCUAUGAGGAUAUUGCACCUUUUCGGGAUGUCAAAGCCAAAUGGACAGUUGGGGAGCAUCCGUGCCAGGAGUGAGGGAGUCUGCAUACAGGUGACUUGCAUACAUUAGCAGCAAAGCUUCUCAUACCUGCAGUGCCCGUGAGCUUCCCACUGAUGCCUGAAGGGGCAGGAUUCCCAGGCCCCUGCUGUGGGCUCUGACUGUUACAGACUUGUAUGUUCCAGGGCAAGAUCAUGAACUGACAAGAUGGCGGGACAUUGAAAACAGCCCCCAAUCCUCCCAUGGGCACAGCGGCCUCCUGUAACCAUUAGCAGAGCUUGAUUUAGUCUUGGUGCUGUAUAUUUGGUGCUUGCUUUACUGGGUCUGUAUUCAUGUCUGGACUGUAGCAUCCGGUUUUUCGGGGAUUUUUUUUUGCCUCCUUGGUGCAUUGCAGAUAUUAGUAGCAAACUGCUACCAGCUGGGAAGAACACUGACUUAACCUCAGCCUGAAUAUCCAGGUGCUUGGACCCCUACAGAACCCUCGCAUGUUUAAAGCAACAAAUGUUCCAGUCUGCUGUGAUAAAUAGCUUUUUCUUCUGAUGCCCUGUAAUAUGGACAGGAGCAGGCAAGUUUGUAGAUCCAAACAUAUCCCAAAUGGCCAAAUGGUGAUCUUUUUCCUCAGGCCAAACAGACCCUCACACCAUGUGUGAACCCAGUGAAAUCAUCAGGAAUAAGAGUGUAAGGGUAAUAGUGAGGGCCCCAUCUAGCCUAGAGGCAGGAAAGACUAGAUGUUUUUCUAAAAAGUCUGCUGCAGUUCACACAGGCCUGAAUUCAAGGAUGUCAGGUGGCCUGUCUUGUCCAGGAGAGGACCACAAUGAUCCCACCUGGCCCGUGAUCUCUGAAUCUAUUAAAAAGGAUGUCAAUUGUAGGCUCAACUGUUUUUACAAAUUUUAAUAAAGAACAUUAAUAAAUCAGCAUUCUGUUAU